UGAUAACAGUUUAUCUACAAAUUCUGAUAUGAAGUAACAUAUGUUGAAUUGCAAUAUUCAUAAAUAAAUGAUUGAUCUAUAAAAAAAUUCUGACGGAUUUUUCUUAUUCUUCGCUUAUCUGCCUCAUUAAAUUAUUGUCAUUUGGAUAUUUUUGUAUGGAUAAUGUAAUUAAACAUUUUGCUAUACUCCACAGAAUCCAUAUUGGAUGUUUACACCUUUUAUUUAUUACAUUAUCAAUAUAAUACAUGUUUUUAUAAUGUACUUGAAUUAUAACUUUAAGCUCACUGAUAACAAUGCUCAGUAUAAAAGAUAACUUGUAUAACCAGUGGAACAUAUUUCACAGACAAGGAACUUAUUUCACCAGAAAUGAAGACGAAAUCAUCCUCAUCACAAUUAGUUGUUCGGAACCUUGUUGUUUCUGUGAAGACAAAGCACAUUCUUUAUGGAGUUAACACAGGGGCGCAAAGUGGAGACCUUCUGGCCAUUAUGGGCCCUACAGGUUCUGGGAAAACGACGCUUCUGAACGCUAUUGCUGGAAGAGUUCAGUCAACAUCAGGGGAGAUAACUAUGAAUGGACAAUAUUUCAAUAAACAUCUGAGACGUCGACUUGGCUACGUGUUACAAGACGAUGUGUUCAUGCCUAGUUUAACUCUAUAUGAAACAUUAUAUUUCACUGCAAUGAUUCGUAUUGCUGAGUCAGUGUCGUUGAAGGACAAACAAACCAGGAUAGAUGAUAUAGUACAGGCUUUGGAUCUGAAGAAAUGUCUACAUACAGUUAUCGGUGACUUUUUUGUCCGUGGAUUGUCCGGUGGUGAAAAGAAGAGAGCAAAUAUAGCAUGUGAAUUUCUGACAGAUCCUGAUAUUAUGCUGAUUGAUGAGCCUACAUCCGGACUGGACUCUACUACAGCACAUAAACUGAUGAUCCAGCUAAAGAACUAUGUCACCCAGUACAACAAAACUAUAAUAGCUACAAUACAUCAACCAUCUAGUCAAGUGUAUCAUAUGUUUUCUAAGUUACUAUUGUUGAUGGACGGAAAAGUAGCUUAUUUCGGAAAAGCGUCAGAAGCAUUAAAUUACUUUGAGAGAAUUGGAAUGCCAUGUGCAAUACAUUUCAACCCAGCUGAUUUUCUGCUUGCUUUAUUGAGUACAGAUGAUGAGACGAGCAAGAAAAUACACGAAGAAGCUGAUAGACAUAAAAAGUUUGAGAAUGUAUGUGAACAGAACCCUCUAUCAAACGGUCAGCAUAGUCACGUCAAUCACAGCUAUACAAAUAAUUCUGAUGCUGAUAUUUCAAAAGCUGGAUUAAGAACAGGCGGUUCAGCUGAAUCAUUUGAUGACGUUUGUGUAGUUGGAAUCGAUAAAGAGGAGACGUCAGUGCAUUCCCAUCAUGCCUGGCCAACAUCGUUUUGGACUCAGUAUCGUAUGUUAACAUGGAGACAAUUUAGACAAUCGAAGGGUCGAAUCCUGCACAAAUAUGAAAUUAUCCAGUCUAUACUAUUAGCAUUGCUUGGUGGCAUACUUUACUUCCAGACAGACUAUUCUUACAGAACAUUACGUGAUAAAAUGGGAACAAUUUUCUUUAGUGUUGCUCAUUGGGGAUUCAAUUGUAUGCUUGGCACAGUAACAGGAUUUCCAUCAGAAAGAGGUGUGAUAAAAAAGGAAAGAGAAGCAGGAGCCUACAGAUUAUCAGCUUACUAUGCUGCUAAAAUUACAAGUGAUCUUCCAUUGAUCCUGAUUGCACCAAUACUAUUUUAUAGUAUCAUUUACUGGAUGUCUGCAGUUGGAGACGGAAUCUUAUUUUCCAUUUUUAUUGGUGUGAAUUUGCUUUUCUGCACAGUGGCACAGAGUAUUGGUCAUAUAAUUGGAACAGCAAUGCCAGACAUGAAACUAAGUCUCACAACAGUUACUACUUACAUGUUGUUUUCUCUCCUGUUUUCCGGAUAUUUUAAUACUCAUCUGCCUGAUUGGGUGAAUUGGGCGAAAUAUUUGUCAAUUGUCCAUUACGCAUUUGGUUGUCUCAAUAUACUGAGUACAGAAGGAAUGCAUGUUUUAUGGUGUAAUACAACUUCAGCUGAACUUAACCCAUCAUGCAUUGGAAACACAACAUUCAUUACUAUAACUGACGUUCUAAAAGAUUCCGGGAUUGACUGUCCUUAUUUUUGUUAUAUAGCCAGUCUAGGAAUCUUAUUUAUAGUUUUACGUGUGUUAGGUUAUUAUGUUAUGAAAUGGAAACGGUAGACGACAUUUAGGCGACAAGUAGUGAUAGUGGGUUUUUUUUUAUAUUUGGACAUGUAAAUAAAGAAAUAAUAUUAUUACGAAAAUAUUUUUGAAAAUCAAAGGAGCAGGUACAAUAAAUAAUUUUGAAAUAUACAAUUCUUCUUGUAAUAACACAAGUUUGUGCUUGUCGUAUCGAUUACUUGUUAUUGACUAUAGUUGGAAAUAAAUAACGGGUUGAAUGGU